AGAUGAAAGUGAUCCAGCUAUCCAAACUGACAGAGAGCUGAAGAAUGAAGGAAAAUCAGACUGCAGCCAACAGGAAGGGGCGGGCCUUUCACCUCAGAUCACUUCCUGUCUUCUCAAACAGCCUAGAGUGCUGAUUCGCCGAAUUGAAGUCACAGAGAUGACAGUUCCUGUAUCAUCACUUCCUCAUCCUGUGGUCAGUAAUGGGAACCAGGGAGUGAGAUCUCCAUGGAAACAGGAUGAGUUUACUCCAGUGAUGGAAGAGGGACUACUGAGGCAGAAGGAACAAGUCAUGACCCAGAAGGAGGAGAUGAUUGACAGCUUGGAGAACCCCCUGAAAAAGCCUCCAGAUUCAUCAGAGCCAGAGAUCUGUGCUGAGCCCUCCUUUGAAUCUUCUGUCAUCCCCCUCAGUAAAGGAAACACAGGGCAGACAGCUGAGGUGGCGUCUCAGGUCUUUGCCUGCUCCCAGUGCCCAUUCACUCACAUGGAAGAAGUGAACCUUCACCAGCACAUUGAGAAGGUUCACCCAGAGGAGUACAGCAGGAUUCUGGGAUCUGGAGAAAAUGGAGCAGAGAACCCACUGCCUCCCAGUAGCACCCCUGAGAACCCUACACCCCCUAAGACACUCCCCACCCCGACACAGUCCCACACAGGCACCCCAGGGGCCCACACAUGCCCCCAGUGUGGGAAGACUUUCAAAUAUUUGUCAUAUCUGACGACACACCAGCGAACCCAUACAGGGGAGCGUCCAUAUCACUGCUCUCAGUGUGGAAAGAGCUUCAGAUCCACAUCACAUCUGACAAUACACCAGCGAACCCACACAGAACAGCAUCCAUACCAUUGCUCUCACUGUGGGAAGGGCUGUAGAUCUGCAUCAAAACUGACGGCACACCAGCGAAUUCAUACAGGAGAGCGCCCAUUCCACUGCUCCCAGUGCGGGAAGAGCUUCACAUGUGCAACACACCUGACAACGCAUAAGAGAACUCAUACACAGGAACGAAGAUUCUCUUGCUCUCAGUGUGGGAAGAAUUUCAGAUCUUCAUCUGACCUGACGAAACACCAGCGAAUCCAUACAGGGGAGCGUCCAUACCAGUGUUCCCAGUGUGGGAAGAGAUUCAAAGCUGCAACACACCUGACUGCACAUCAGAGAACUCAUACAGGGGAGCGACCAUAUCUCUGCUCCGAGUGUGGAAUGAGUUUCAGUCACUCAGGUACUUUGACGCUACACCAGCGAACCCAUACAGGAGAGCGCCCAUACCACUGCUCCCAGUGUGGGAAGGGUUUCAGAUGUGCGUCGCUCCUCACAGCACACCAGCGAACUCAUACAGGAGAGCGUCCCCAUCAGUGCUCCCAGUGUGGGAAAACCUUCAGUCAGUCAAAUAAUCUAACAGAUCACAUGAGAAUUCACACAGGGGAGCGCCCCUACCACUGCUCCCAAUGUGGAAAGAGCUUCACUAGAUCAACUACUUUGAAGAAACAUCAGCGAACCCAUACAGGAGAGCGGCCUUACCACUGUUCUCAGUGCGGGAAGAAUUUCACUCGAUCAAGUGUUCUUAAAAAACACCAGCGAAUUCACACAGGGGAACGCCCAUUCCACUGCUCCCAAUGUGAGAAGAGCUUCAUUCAUUUGAGCACUUUGAGGGAGCACCAGCGAAUUCAUACAGGGGAGCAUCUCUCCCACUGCCCUCAAUGUGGGAAGAGUUUCAGAUAUCAAUCAGACAUGAUGCGACACCAGCGAAUUCAUACAGGAGAAUCCCUACAACUGCUCCCAGUGUGGGAAGAGCUUCAGAUACCAGUCUGACCUAAAACGACAUCAGCGAAUUCACACAGGUGAGCGUCCAUUCCACUGCUCCCAGUGU